AACAGGUGGCUGCGGAGGGGCCGUCUGGUCCCGGCCAGGUCGUGCUGCUUGGUCUUGGCUCUCAGACUGGGGGCUGGGUGGUGGGAGUUGGUGGAGAGAUCCUUUGAUUUUUCAAAAAUCCUUGGACAGAAUUUCCUCUCUUUCUGUCACCUUUUCCCGUGUGUUAACUCCGCCCCUCAGUUCUUCGGGAAGUUCCUUCUUAUACCUAGCCUUCCCGCCGCAGCUGCGGCCCCUGCAGAUCCUCCAGCGAGGUUGGAUCUGGGUGGAGGUUGGAGGGAGCUCUUUAAACGAUAGCCCUUUUCUGGCCGCAUUUGGAGUCAUCUGAAAAGAGGCUUUGUGAAGCUGGGUCUGCUUGGCGAGUCGAACGUCCCCCUUCCCCCGCCUCCAGACCACACUGGUUCUGGUGGGGAACCUUGCUCACCCCUGGCUCCCACACCCACUCCCAAACGGGGCUGCUUUGCCCUUUGCAACCUGGAGCUUAAUGCCAGGGCUCAGUGGAGUCUUCAGGUAACAGAAAUGUGCAAUCAGUAGUUGGGGAAACAGCCACACAAAGGAGCCGGUGGGCCCAUGAUCACACCCUCCUCUUUCCUUUUGAAAAACAUCAUUUUUUGGUGUGCAAUUGCUCAGAUCACGAACACCUACUCCUCUCCUCUGGAGAAUGUACCCACGUCACUACCUGCCACAGCACCUGAGUCGGAUGCAGAGCAGGGGCUGCAGUGCCCUUGUGUUCUCCCUCACAAGCUCCACCGGGUGCCAGCUGCCCGGUGCGGGAUCUACAAAGGACACUGCUUCCGGAUCAACCACUUCCCCGAGGACAAUGAUUACGACCAUGACAGCUCGGAAUAUCUCCUCCGCGUCGUGCGAGCCUCCAGCGUCUUCCCCAUCCUCAGCACCAUCCUGCUCCUGCUCGGAGGGCUGUGCAUCGGCGCCGGCAGGAUCUACAGCCGCAAGAACAACAUCGUCCUCAGCGCCGGCAUCCUCUUUGUGGCUGCAGGCCUCAGUAACAUCAUAGGCAUCAUCGUCUACAUUUCCAGCAACACAGGCGACCCAAGCGACAAGCGAGACGAAGACAAAAAGAACCAUUACAACUACGGCUGGUCCUUUUACUUUGGAGCCCUGUCCUUUAUCGUGGCCGAGACCGUGGGCGUCCUGGCCGUAAACAUUUACAUUGAGAAAAAUAAAGAGUUGAGGUUUAAGACCAAGCGGGAGUUCCUUAAGGCUUCUUCCUCUUCUCCGUACGCCAGGAUGCCGAGCUACAGGUACCGGCGACGGCGCUCCAGGUCCAGCUCCAGGUCCACCGAGGCCUCGCCGUCCAGGGAUGCGUCCCCCGUGGGCCUGAAGAUCACCGGGGCCAUCCCCAUGGGGGAGCUGUCCAUGUACACGCUGUCCAGGGAGCCCCUGAAGGUGACCACCGCCGCCAGCUACAGCCCCGACCAGGAGGCCAGCUUCCUGCAGGUGCACGACUUCUUCCAGCAGGACCUGAAGGAAGGCUUCCACGUCAGCAUGCUGAACCGGCGGACCACCCCCGUGUGAGGCCCACCCCGCUUGCAGCUCCGGCCUGCCCAGGACGGCUCUUUGUGUCACACAGGAGGGCAUGCGAUCCUUAAGACGGACGGACAAUGAGCUCGAGCUGGACGCGGCCCUCCCUGGUCUCCAGGAGGUGUCGUGGGCUGGCUCCGAGCGAGGGACGCGCCGGGAGACUGGACUCGGGGCUGCGGUAGAAGCUGGAGGCUGCCUUUGUCCCAAAAGGGGGUGGGGGGAUUGGAUUGAUGCCCCAGGGUUUCCGAAAUCUCCCAGGAGGCCCAAGAGCCUUCCUGGAGCUGCAUUGGCCUUGACCAACUCGGGAAAACAAAAUCGAGCCAUUAUCUCCUCUUGGAAACAAAUUUUGCCAGAAGAACGGGAGUUCGGGGCUUCCCCGCCCUGCCUGGGCGCUGGGCCACCGGAAGGCUUCGCCGGGCACAGGGGGGCUCUGGACUCCCAUCAGCUGCUUUUGAACCUGAAGUUCCUGUGUCUUUGAGCCAGAAAUGAGGACGCCGAAGCUUGCCCCUCCGCCCCGUCCUGCCCCGUCUCGGGCACUCUGGCCGUGGCCUGUGCUGGUUGCAAACGGUCGUCCUGAAGAGAAGGUUCUGCGGCCAACUGGUGCUUCAGCCUCCGUGCUGUCCUGGGGCCGCUUCCCGCGGGGACUGCGGGGGAGUCUGAGGUGAAGGCCGGGGGCUGUCGCUGGCUCUCCUACCUGCUUCUGGAAGCUUCCACCUCACUCAGCAUGGGCAGGACAGACACCCUGACUGGACUUGAGAGUCGGAGGAAAGGCGGCCACGUGGCCUCUUGCUGUGUCCGUCCCCACUGACCUGAGGAGCAGCCCUGUACCCUGAGUGGGGGAGGGGAGGGUCCCAGGGGAGGAGGGUGCAGACCCCUGACUAGGUGAACAGCAACCAAAAAAGAAAAAUCAGAGAACAAACAUCCAUUUCCUGGGUGAUCAUGAAUCGUCAUUUACCGCAAGUCAACGCCAGGAGAGCGAGUUCCUUUCACGUCCUCAUCUCAAAAAGCCUAGCAGCGACAAGUCCCGCACCUCCUAUUAUUGUAAUUUAUUCUGCCACCACCUAACGGGACGCAGUGGAGGAAGUGUGGGUGAAAGGGCCGAGCUGGGCUUUUCUUCCUCCCCCAAGAGGGAAAUCUCAGCACUUUGUUCAGAACUGAGGAAGUGGGUUCUGUGUUUCACAGUUUUCCAACCAUUUUUUUAUUUUUUUUUUUUUUGUCGUCAUCCUCUCCAGAAACAAUCAAAGAGCGUGGAAAUGCGUCCAGGUUUGGAAGAAAAACUCUCUGGAACAUGGAACUUACCCUCUUUUAUAUAAAACAUGCUUUCUAAAGAUAAAUCAUUUCUUACUUUUUGAGACUUCUCGAUCAGACCUUGGACGGUCGUCUGUGAUCCCAGUAGCUGUCGUACUUGAGAAGUGACGAGCAAAUUCUUACCUCAGCCACCUGCUCACGGAGCCCGUGGGCGGACUCGGCCCCUAGGAGUUCAGACCGGGGUCCCUGUGGCCUGGUAACGACGUCAUCGUCCUUCCCACCCUCCCUCGCCCCCUGGAGAGGACACGCCAUGUGUGGCGGCCCCAGCCGACUGCCGGGUCGGGAGGCCCCGGGGCCCCCUCGGCUCCCGCGAGGUCGGCUUUGUGUGGCCCUGCGAGCAUGCAAGUUGUGAACGCUGAAGCCUCAGAGCCUGUGGGCUGCCCCUGCCGGUCGGCCAACCCCGUCCCCGCCGCCACCUCCGCGCCAUGACACCGUGUGACCAGGCUGAGGGAAGGGAGCGCCCCCUGCAGACCCCUGGCCCGGCGAGGCCCCGAGACGCGUCCCCUGUUCCUUCCGGGGCAAGGCAGCCUUGCCGUCUGGUUUCGCCCCCACACCCCGCUCCUCCCCCGCCGCCCCGGAAGUCUCCGCCACUCCGUAGAGAGAGCCGUGUCCCCUUGAGUCCUACCUCCGGCCCAGUCCCAGGCAGAGCACGCAGGGCCCACCCAGGCACCGAGGAAGAGGAGGAGGACGAGGAGGAAGAGCAGGCAGCAAAACCACCUCAGACGCCUUCACAGCCUUUCCCCCUCGCCGGCCUGUCUCAGGGGCCCCGGCUCUGGGUCGCCCCCUCCUCCCGCGGCCCCUCAGACCUGGCACAUCGCGCCCCCCCGGGAGUGGGGGGCCUGUGCCCGCCCCCGUCCCUCUGCCCGCCCCUCCCGCCCCGUGUGUUCCGCAGUUAAGCACCUGUGACUCCUAUACCUACUACUGGUUUUGGGUUGUAAGUUCUGUCUUUUUUUUAAUUAAAUAAAAACAUUUUUAAAGUGU